CAGUUCUCGUUUGAGUUCGAUAAUGAGAUAAUUAUCCAUUAGUAUAAAUUAAAUGAAAGAUAUAAAUUUUGGCAACAGAAGGGUAGAAGCGUAUGGAUAAAAAAAAUCAUUUAUUAGAAAGAUCAAAUAGGAUCAGAAAGUUUCCUAACGGUUAAAAUUUGGGACAAACAUUGACGACAUUGUAACAAACCAAUUAAAUGGAAAAAAAGAAAAUAAAAGUAUAAAAAUUAAAAUACAAAGACUAAAAGGAAAAAAAUAAAUAAAUAAAAAAAAUGACUGAAGUGAAUAAGGUUGAUGACGAGCCGGGGAAGUAUCGACAACUUCUUGUGGCGUUAAUCGCAAAUAUCGCGACUAUAUCGCUUGGAACUAUGAUAGGUUGGCAGUCACCUAUAAUACCUCAAUUACAAACUGAAAAUCCUCCAGUAGGUGUUAGGCCUAUGACGGACGAGGAAGCAUCCUGGGUAAUUGGAAUCACAUGCAUAUCAGCCGCUUUCACGAGUUUGACAGUCGGUACUAUAGCGAAUAAAUUCGGGCGUAAGGUGACUGGAUGUUUAAUGAGUUUGCCACUUUGCGGCUGUUGGCUAUUUACUAUCUUUGCAACAGAACACGUACAUUUAUAUAUAGCACGUUUCUUUUCGGGAAUAUCUGGCGGAAUGGUAUUGUUCUUGGUGCCAAUGUAUGUGUCUGAAAUUGCGUCCGAUGGAAUACGUGGCAUGUUGGGUAGUUUACUAGUAUUCAUAUUGAACGGAGGUAUUCUUUUGGCAUAUGUAAUCGGUACUAUACUUUCGUAUCGUUCGUUUGCAAUUGCUAUGCUUAUACUUCCGUUAUUUUAUAUCGCAUCGUUCGUUUUUGUACCGGAAACACCUGUAUAUCUAAUACGACGUAAUCGAAUCGACGAAGCUACUAGAUCUCUGAUGUGGUUUAGAGGUGGACACGUGCCGACUGUAGAGAGAGAAAUAUUGCGUCUGAAACAAGAAAUAAACGUUUCCGAGCAAACAAUUAAACUAUCAGAUCUGUUUCGAGAUCGAGCAACGAUUAAGGGACUUUUUAUUACUCUAGGAUUGUUUGCUGGGCAACAAAUGGCCGGGAUAUUUAUUAUGAUAAGUUACACAGAAACCAUAUUUAAGAUGUCAGGAAGUUCAUUAUCACCAAAUGAUUCGGCGAUUAUUGUAGGUGCCAUUCAAGUGUUCGGCUCGUAUUUAUCCACGAUUUUGGUGGAAAGAGCUGGUAGAAGGCCAUUGCUUUUAACGUCUUGUUUAGGGAUGGGUAUAUGUCAUUAUACCAUUGGAGUGUUUUGUUACCUGAAAACACUUCAAUACGAUGUCAGUCAAUUUAGUUGGAUUUCGAUCUUAGCCUUGUCCAUUUUUAUGAUUAGCUACGGUUUAGGCAUGGGGCCAGGUCCGUACAUAGUUUCUUCGGAAAUACUUAAUCGAGAUGUUUCAAAUGUGGUGAUAACGAUGGGAAUAUUCACCGCUUGGGGCAUGGCAUUCGUGAUCGUUAAAUUAUUCCCAACUAUAGUCGAUUUGUUAGGUAUAAACGGUUGUUUUUUCCUUCUCGGUAGCUUUUGUCUGAUUAUCUUUGCAUUCCUUUUUAUAAUUAUGCCAGAAACAAAGGGUCAGCCACGUCAAUUAAUCUUGGAUCGACUUAAUGGAAUAUCUAAUGUGUUAGACAAGACAAAAUACGUUUCUUCAAAUGAUAUUAAAACUAUACCGAAACCCGAACUAAUUUGAGAGCUAAUUGUAAAUAACAAAUAAUCUGAUACUCUCAUCUAAUAUUUUUUUCCUUUGAUAUUCCGAACUCCUACAUCAGAAGAGAUUCAGAUCUUGUUAAAGUAUAUGGUUGCAUAACACUAGGCAUAUAACAGAAAAGGAAAAUGAAGGAAUCUGUAAAAGAGAUAAAUUGAGAUAAUUGUCGUUUUUACAAUUAAUUCGUGUUGCGUAAAUACUCAAUGGAAUAAGAACUUUGUACAUAUUAUUAUUUUAUAUAUAUCUUGUUUAAAAUAAGUCCAAGAUACAACAAUCUUAUAUCUCCUAUAAUCUUAUAGAUUUUGUUUGUACUUUAUAUAAUAAUCAUAAAUUAUAUAUAACAAUCAUAAUUAAGUUAUAAAACAAUAUAAUCAUUGAACCUUUGAUUGGUUCUAAAUUUUCAAAAAAAAAAGAAAAAAGAAAAAAACGCACGUGAUGUUUGAUAAAAAAUUAUUAUUAUUUAUCAAUCAUCGUUUAACCUCUGUCGUACACUCUUAUUACUAAUUUUUCGUUUUUUAAAUGUAGCCGGUUUUCCAUCCUCAUCGCUGUCAGCUGUAUCAAUUUGCGUUAUAGUCUUUUCCUUGAACGUUCUUUGUAUGGAAGGUGGUUCUGUUUUUUCAAAGACAGGUAAUUGCAAUUGUUUCUGCUUUGGUAAUUGAAAAUCGAUUGGUUUCACUUCCCUGAAACGGAAAACAUUCAUCGGACGUAAUUUCAUUUGCUAAUUUAUUUAACAGAAUCUUGAUUUAUUUUCACCUAUAAAUUUUAAAUAUUAAUUUCAAAUAUUUACGUUUUUUGAACGGUCUGCCACGGCCCAUACGGAUGAGAUUUUAUCGGAAUACUGUAGUCCCGUCUGUACGGUCGGCUCUCCUCUUUGGUCUCGGUUUCCGUUUUCUUCUCUACGUUUUCCUCCGUUCUUGAUUGCGCGCUACGUAUCUUCCUCAAUUCCUUCAUCCUUUCUCUCUCGGCAUUGGCCCGUUUUUCUUCGAGGAUAUCCGCGUUCGUAAUCGCUUGUUCCUCGUCCAAUUGCCUCAACAAUUCUUCUUGAAGCGCUUGCUCUUUCGCCUCUUCUUGCUGUUCCGCAAAUGUCAUGUAUCCCUCCUCUGGCGGAUCCCAAAUGGAUUCUGCCGCACAAAAUGUACAUGGCAUGGAUUAUAUAAAUUAACGAAUACGAGAGACGAAGAUAGAUUAUUACUGAACGAGAAAAAGUUUUAAUAGACUCACCGUUAGUUUCUAUGUUCCAAUAAUACGUGUACCCUUCGGGGCUGAGAGCUUCGUACCAAAGUUUUUGAACGGGUUUCGUAGGGCGUUCCUCUUCCAGAAUUUUCUUUCCCUUCCCUUUAUUACUCUUCCCCCCUUUGCUUUUUCCCUGAUUCUUGUGAUCACCUCUUUGUUGAGAUUUCACUUGAUGCGACGUUGCGUUUCUCGCCAGAGUUGGAUCACACGGAUCGAUUUCCUGAGGAAACUGAAACUGUUAAAAUAUCUUUCCGUUAUAAAUGUUUUCUUGGCAUGGCCGCUCGGCCAGACGAAUUAUAGUUCGUUAUAACGCGAUCGAUUUUAUCCAUCCAAGUCCCACCUGUUGAUUUUCACUUUUGAACCUAGGUUGUGCUUCUGGGGCGGCUGGAGGUACGCGAUUGAAGCUCGCCACCUGUAAUGUAUUUUCUUUCCUUUUUUUUUUCAAAGUAUUUCUAUUAAUACAAAUAUUAAAUAGGAAAUUUUUGAGUACCUACGUCUUUUGUUUCUAUUCGAUUCAUUUUCUCUUUGAUGAUCGUGUCGGCGGUCAUGUCUCUCGUGUUGUUUUCUACGUCCUUCAAAUACGCAGCCAUAGCUGCCUGAAUGCAAAGAUAUACAUACGUAUAAAAAGAAGGAGAAGGAGAAAAAGAAAGAUCAUUUUAGAUCAUUUAGCAAAUUUGAAAAAUUAAAUGAAAAUAUGAUGAACGUACGUUUUCCAUUUUCUUAAUAUCGUCUUCGAUCUUUUUGCUCUGUUUCGCCUGUUUCGCGCUGUUUUUAUGUAUUUCUUUAAGCCGUUUGCUAACAUUUUCCUUGUGUUUCUUGCCACCUUCGUGAAAAUCGAUACUAGGUUUAUUGUCAGCGAUCCAACAUUUGCAAAAAUCGCAAAAUUUACGACCCUGAGACUUCCAGUAGUCCGCCCUGGAACAACAUAUACGUUCGAUGCACUAUUUUCUAUAUUUCGUUCGUUUAUUUAUUCUUUUUUUUUUGUAUACUUUCAACGAUUCCUCAUUUCUAUCUUAACUGGACGGAAUGCUUAAGAAAAGAACGAAGGAUCAAAGGAUAUCUGUUGCAAAUCAUCCGACAAAAAAAAAGGGAAUAAUUUUCCAAUCUAAAAGAAAUAUCGGAUUUAAAAAAUUUAGCUUUUACAUAUUUUUCUCUUUUGCAAUAAUUUUUUCAUUUGUUUCAAACAAGGAACCAUCCUCCUUUAAACUUGUUAAACUUUGACGUCUACCAUUAACGAAUCAAUCGAAUGUUUUCGAGUCAUGCAUCGAAGGAAAUCGCAAUUCCUUCAACAAUGCCACGUUAUGUCAAUAAUAGAGCAUGUAUUAAUAGCGGCAACGUCGUAAAAAUAGCUAAAGAGAAGAUUAGGUUGGCCAACUGAGUUAAUCGUCUGAUGAGCCAAUUGGUACCUUCGUAUUUUCUUUGUGUUUAAAUAUCCCCUCUCCUUAAUAUUUUUCUCGACGAGUUAUUGUCGAGCGUUCUUAAUAGACGGGCUCUUUGACCACUCUUUGAGAGUGUGGUCUUCGUCCAUCGAUAAUCUCUUGCUCUUUCUUCUCCGAUCAUGAUUUUCCGAUUGAAUGAACGAGUUUGUUCACGCAGCGAGGUCGAGGGCGAGGGCAUAAAAUCCCUCCAGACUCGAGAAGAUCCAUUGGCACGCGAAUAGAACGAACAGGCACGAUUCUCGUAAUCGGCCAACACCAGAGUAUAUUUUCGUGCUUACUUUUUGGCACGAGUGUUCGAUCGAGAUUGACCGUUUACAUCCAAACCGGGUGGAAUAUUUUCGGGCGCGAACCGCCAAUCACCGUCUACCGAAGGAAAAAACGAAAAUUCGGUUCCCUUCUCCCCCUCCAUAGGGCGAAGAGAAUAUGACGAUUGUGGGGGCGACACAGUUGCUCGAAGUGUGGAAGCAGUCACGUGGACGCAUGGGGAGAGGGGAGAGCGUGAGAGAGAGAGAAAGAGAGAGGACAAGAAAUCGAGCCGUCGCAAAUCAGAAAUAUCUUUGAUAAAUUUCAGAGGUAAAUAGGUAGUAGCCAGCCAAAAAACAAUUGGCACCUAGAAAAUGUAAUUUUCACGAUGGCGACGAUGCACUAACGGUCACGCCCUUAAUUUUACGCAACGAUUUAUUUUUAGGCAAAAGAGAGAUGGAACUAUCGGCUCGUAUCUGUCGUAUCCAUCAUAAAUAUUGUUCACGUGUUCACAUGUCUAAAGAAAUUUGUGCUCGUGUAUAUUUAAGAUCCUCGUUACGAAGUAACGAUGAAUCGCUAACGUUUCUCGUGGUAGGUUAGUCCCUUUGAAAAUUAUUCAAUAAUUUGGUCAACGAUUUGAAAAUAUAUAUAUAUUACACGACGACGUUCCGAACGUCGGGGUUUAGUUAGAUCGUUUUAUAGCUCUCUUACAGCCGAGCGGAAAAAAGGUUCAUGGUUUGUUCUAAUUUUAUCUUGGAGGGUUGUAUACUUGUGUUCGAAAGGCGCGUCUUGUAAACCGCAUUCAACAUCGAUACCGUGACUUUGCGGCUUGUUCUUUUUUUUUUUUUUUUUCUCUUGCUACUAUAUUCCCAAUGAAUAAAUACGAAUAAAGCGGGUUUAUCGUGGCCGAGCUAUCUUUUUGCUUAUAUAUAUAUCACAACGAAGAUCCGCAACGAUCUAUACGUGGUAUAAUAUAGCACUAUAGUUCCAACCAAGUCGAUACACGUGCGGUGAGGUGAUCGCACAUGUCAUUUUCAUUAACGAUCGAACAUCGCGAUAUGAAAAUUCCGAUAAACUGUUUCCAAUGUAGUCCAACCGUUUCCAAAUAUCUCUGUUAGGGAAAUAUGUUCGUUUCGCAGUAUUCUAUAUGGUUCGUCUCGAGCAGCCCUAUAUGUGAAACAUUCUAUUAUGUCUUCUUACUUUUUUAUUCUCUCUCUCUUUCUCUCCUUCUUCUAUAGAGCUUCCAUAUAGUUUUUCGAUUUAAUGCUCUUAUUCCGUUUUAAUCUUUGGAAGAGAGAGAGAGAGAGAAAAAAAAAGGAAAAAAGAGUUAUGAUUUAAACUCGACGAGGAGGAUCGAUGUUAAUUAUUGCAGAAAAAAAAAUUUUUUUUCAUACAAUUCGUCAGGAUGACAUUAUAUUUUUCGUAUUUUGUGUAUUUUCACGUCCGAUAUAUUCUCUUUUCAUCCUCGAAUCGUGGAUGAGAAUAAAGAGAAUCGAAAGAAAGACGAUUGAUCCAUAUGGUAUUCGAGAUAACAUAAUCAUGAAACAACGAUCGAUGCUAUUUUCUCUGGAGCUGGUUUUCGUUAUUUCUGGAAAACAUUUCGGCAUCUGGUUCGUUAAACGCGAGUUUGAACCGCUUGAAAGCCGAAAUUACCGGUCGUAAGAAUGCCGGUUUGCGCGAAUGUACAUCUGAUUAAAUUUUUUUUUUUUUUUUUUUUUACAAUGAUUAUUAACGAACGGAUUAUUAAUAGUACGCAACAGUUUUUAAAUCAAUUGCAACGCUGAAUAUGAUCGCGUUGAAUUGGAUCCCCCGUAUAAGGGGGAAGGUUGAUAAACAUCUAUCAGGUAUAUACUAAUAAUAAAUUUCUAAAGGGCCGCAAUGGACGAGUUUCCAUUCAACGGAAAGUCAAAAAUAAUCUCGAGUAAGUUCGUGUCUGACGAUCGAAUUGUGUAAUCGUGGAUCGACACGCGUUGAAAGCAAAUCAUUCUGCUAGAGACCAUUAAAAAAUAGCGCAAGAAUAAGUCGACUAUAAUAAUAUGUAUAAUAAUAAGAGUAAUCAGAUAAGAUAAGAAUAGAAAAAAAAAAAGAAUAAAUAUAUGCGUAAAAAAAUCAAGCGAAAAGCAGCAGAUGGUCGACAAGAAUCGAUGGAAAAAAUUUGACGGAUCGUGUUACCGUUUAAAACGACUCGAUUCUUUCCCCUCAUCGAUCGCGAGAGAUAACACAAUCGAAAUGUUAAAUGAAAAUAUUAUUUUAUUUGCAAUGUUUUCUUACAUGUCUUGUCGCUCACGCAUACUCACAUACUCACGUACGCACAAAUAGUUGUUCCUUCGUAAAGGUGUAAUAAAGUAUAGGUAAUACGCGAUAAUGGAAAUUUGUUUGGUAGCUUUGACUAGGCUGAACUAAGUUGGUCCUUUGUGAUGACUGCGGUUCCGUUUGCGUUGCAACACGGUUGUAACGGAACGAGAAAAAAGUAAGAAGAAACAAAAAAAGGGGAUAUAAAGGAAGAAAGGAAGGAAAGAAAUAUCGGAUAUUCUAGAAGAAACGAUCCUUGUUGAAUUGAAACGUAAUGUAGAUUAACGUGAAAAUAAAAUAGAUAAAUUAACGAAAUGAA